AUGACUACAAAUUGGGAUAAAGCAAUUGGGAUAAUUUGGCACUAUGACUUGGCAGAUAAUCUGACAAUGGAAUCUCCGGUAACAAUGAUACUGAACGAGGUUCUGAGACUAUAUCCACCGGUGUCAAUGGUAUCCCGGAAAACUUACGAGACUACAAAGCUGGGAGAUGUAACUCUGCCACCGGGUGUGGAACUUCUUUUGCAUAUAAUGUUCGUUCAUCAUGAUACUGAGCUCUGGGGAGAUGAUGCUAAAGAAUUCAAUCCUGAAAGGUUCUCUCAGGGAGUUGCAAAGGCUGUAAAGAAACCCAAUUCCUAUGUCCCAUUUGGUUUGGGUCCUCGCAUAUGCAUUGGCCAGAAUCUCGCAAUGAUUGAAGCAAAAAUGGCAGUGGCAAUGAUUCUUCAACGUUUCUCAUUUGAGCUUUCCCCAUCUUAUCUGCAUGGACCUCAGAUUCGUUUAACUCUUCAACCCCGGUUUGGAGCUCACAUGAUAUUACACAAAAUAUAG